GCUUUCCGCACUGUCCCGCACGACGUACUCGACACUUACACUCCUUACACACAAUUAUGCUCGCUCGGACGGCGUUCGCUCGUGUAGCGCAGCCCAACAUGGCGAGGGCUGCGCCCGCCGGUGCUAGGAGCAUGGCCACGCUGCGUGAGAUUGAGAUGCGGUUGAAGUCGGUGCGGAACAUCGAGAAAAUCACGAAGUCUAUGAAGGUCAUCGCCUCGACAAAACUCAACAAGGCGCAGCGCGCGCUCCAGGCGGGCAAGGAGUACGGCAUCGCGAACUCUGAGGUCUUCCAGCACGCGCCCGCCGAAAACGUUGGCAAGCGCAAGCUCUUCAUCGUCAUCUCGUCCGACAAGGGCAUGUGCGGUGGCAUCCACUCUUCCGUCUCGAAGGCGACCCGCCGCGCCUUCAAGGAGCAGGACAUCGACCCCGCCUCGCCCAUCGCUGUCGUCGGCGACAAGUCCAAGAGCCAACUUUCCCGCGUGCUUUCCCGGAACCUCGUCAUAACGUUCAACCAGAUCGGCCGUGACGUUCCCACCUUUGCCGAUGCUGCCGGUGUCGCCGACCUCAUCAUCAAGUCUAAUAUCGAGCACGACAGCAUAUCUAUCGUCCACAAUAAGUUUAUUUCAGCUCUCUCGUACGAGUCUACUAUCGUCGAGGUCGAGACCGCUGAGGCCCUCAAGGAGUCCCCUGGCUUCAAGGCCUACGAGAUGGAGGAGGAAGUCACCAAGGACUUGGCUGAGUUUGCUCUUGCGAACGCCCUCUAUGCUGCUCUGGUCGAGGCCCACGCCUGCGAGAUCAGCGCUCGUCGCAACGCCAUGGACAACGCGUCCAAGAAUGCGGGCGACAUGAUCGCCAACUUGCAGCUCAAAUACAACCGCGGUCGUCAGGCUGCCAUUACCAACGAGCUUGUCGAUAUCAUCACCGGUGCCAGUGCUCUGUAAACGGCGUAGUUACCGUGUAAUGUCGACAUGUCGAUAUAGAGUUUCUUGCGGAUAAAAGCCAGGAUAGAGAGUUACCUGUUCACAGCCGUGAUA